AUUCGUGUAUUAUGGAAUGGAAAGUAGUUUGCAGCUGUCGCUCUUCGAGGUGUCUUUUGUAGAGAUUCCUUUUUCCUUUCCCACUUCGCGUCCAAGAUCUGGUGAUUUUGGAUCCCGGCGAGAUCUGCAACAAAUCUUCAAGGAAAAAUGGGAUCCAAUUUCGUGUCCAAGGAAGACCACCAUCACCAGGCUCCGUCGCGGCGGGGCGUUAGGAGGACCUGGUCCUCCAACUCGUCCACGUGCGGCCAGGGGGCCGCCGCUGUCCCCAAGUGCGUGUGUGCUCCAGCCACUCAUGCGGGCUCCUUUAAGUGCCGCCUCCACCGGGCGAGCUCCCACGGCCACUCGCCCCCCUCCCCCACCUCGAUCCGUCCGCCGCCGCCGUCCGCGAACUCCUCUCGCGCUCCCACCGUGGAAGCCCAGUGACUCGAACGAGGGCCAGAGCGAGGAAGAACUGUUAAAGAAGGGAAAUAUUUGGUUCACGAGCUGCUCCGAGAAACGAAAGAAAUGGUGUGAGUCUUUUACAUCUGGAGAUCGGAUGCAAGUUUAAUCUUCUUUUCCAAAUGCGAUCAACCACAGCAAAAGAAGGUUCAGAUGUUGAUAAACUUGUUCGUAUAUGUUAAAUUUCAGUGCUUUCAUUGAUGAAGAUGAUUGCCUUUAGAAUGUUUGCUGAAUUGCGCCUGUAGUGAUAGCAUGCAUUCUUUUUCUACUUUCCAACUCUGUUAACCUAGUGAUUCCUUGUAGUUUACUGUUCCAACAAGGUAGAUCCUGUUCUGGAUGAAUCCUGAGGUUUGAUAAUAUAUCCGAUGACUGCUACUUCUUUCCUUUUUCCUGCCAUAGCCGGCUUGAAGGACAUGCAUAUCCUGUACUACAAUUGUCCUUAUUUGGCACUUCCACACAAAAUGGAUCAGCAUGGGUACAAUUUCAAUUUGUCCAAAUGUGCUCUGAUGCAGCUAAUGAAGAAAUUUUUUAUCUGGUUAGUACUUCAAGUAUUGGUAGGAAGUUAUCACAUCAGAAGCUUAUGCAUGUGGGCCUUGUAUACUGCCGCCCUUCUUUAUCUUGUUCCAAAACUAUGGUGGCGUGACUUUUGGUUCACCAGUUGUGGACGUAAACAUAUGGAAAGUGCUGUUUGAUGAAAUGAAAGAAUAAGAAAGAUUUGACAGCCUAAAAAAAAGGUUUUUGACUUGUCAAAGUUUAGCUUGUUUUCUUCUACACUUCCAGAAACUGUGUGCUUUCAUCUGCCACCACUGGUGUUACUUUGCUUAAUUGUGAGACAUGUUCUUUUUGCAAUUUCUACAAUGUUCCAAAGUUCCCCCUCUGUAGGUAUUUUAAUGCAUAUCAGUUAAUUGUUAUGCUAGA